CCAAGAGGCUAUUGAACUGGAAAUCAAAAGAACUUACCAUAAAUUAUCUUUACAACAUCAUCCGGAAAAAAAUGAUAAUUCUUCCGAAAGUCAAAGUAAAUUUCGAGAAGUUCAAGCGGCUUAUGAACUAUUAAUUACUGGAUUGCCAAACUACCAAGUUUAUUUUGGUGUUUCCGAAGAAGAAAUUAAAGGACUUUCGAGCGAAGAAAUAACAGAUACUUUUGAUGGACCAGAUUUAAAAAAUUCUCUCGAGAUAUUGGCUGUCGAUAAGAUAACGAUAAGUCCAAACUUUAUGUUUAUCUAG